GGCCUCCCCUUCUGGGCUUGGCGCUGGGGCAAGGCUCAUAGACGCCCGCGUAGCAAUCCUCUCGCUGUCGCUAUGGCCCAGCCGGGAACACCCGCGUAUAGCAGCCCGAACAGAACUGGGCAGCCACCGCCACCGCAGCAGCAGCCGUACAGCAAUGGUCCUGUGCCAGGUUCAUUGAUGAAUUCAUCACACUUAUCAGAUGGACAGGGACAUAAUUCUUUGGUCCCAAGCAUGUAUACUCAGCAAAUUACAACAAAGAAUCCUCUUCUUGUAUCCUCUGGACAGUAUAGCCAUGGUACAUCUUGGAAUGUUUCAUCUGGUCAAACUCUUAAUAGAACCCCAGUGGGAUCUUCUCUGACAGCAUCACAGCCAAGACCUGUUGCCCAAAUGCCUUCUUCAUUGCAGAACUCAGCUGCUAUAUCAACAGCUGCUAUAUCAACUUCUGAUGGUAGUUUUUAUUCUGGAAGUAAUCUCUCAGCAAAUUCAAACUGGCAAUAUGCGCAGAAUCCUUUGACUCAACCAGCUGUAAGAUCUCAACCAAAUCAUUUUGCUCAUACAACAACUUCACCUUUGUUGCCAUCAGGGAAUACAAAUUUGCCCACAAACUUUCAUUAUGUUUCUUCUGCUGGUGGUCCUCCAGUUCAAAACACCUAUACAAGGCAAGGUACUGUUCCACUGCCAGCUAAUCAGUUAAAUUAUUUGCCAGUUCAACCUCCUUUAGGACCUUCUGCAGUUGGAAAUCCAGUCUAUACACAUCCCUCUGCUCCCCCAUUAGCUCCUCCCCUAGCAAGCACUGCAUCCCAAGCUGUACAGAACUCAGCAAGUAUGCAAGAAGGUGAUGCUACAUGCACUGCUAAUGAUGGAUUAUCAGUCCAGAACAAUUACGAUGCAAUAGAAGGAGGUGGUUUCCUGGCAACCCCACAUACUCCUGCUCCUCAAAAUAUGAAAGUGAACAAACAUGUUGGGAGUACUUAUCCCAGCUUGCCCCCAGGCUACCAAAAUGCCUCUCUACCUGGAGGACCAAGAAUGCAAUAUCCAGGAGGACCUCAACAAUUCCCUCAGCCUGGCUUGGGAGCAAAUACCUUAGCUGCAUCUAUGGGUGGACUAAGUCUUCAGCCUGAAGGAUUAAGACCUGUCAACCUUCUUCAAGAUAGAAAUAUUCUUCCUGCAACCCCCUUGCAGGCACCCGUUCCCAAUUUGCAUGAAGAUAUUCAGAAGCUCAACUGCAAUCCCGAGUUGUUCCGGUGUACCUUGACUAACAUUCCUCAGACUCAAGCCUUACUGAAUAAAGCCAAACUUCCUUUGGGGCUCCUGCUUCAUCCUUUCAAAGAUUUAUCGCAAUUGCCUGUGGUAACCUCCAGUACAAUUGUGAGAUGUCGUAGCUGUAGAACAUAUAUCAAUCCUUUUGUCAGCUUCCUUGAUCAAAGGAGAUGGAAAUGCAACUUGUGCUACAGAGUAAACGAUGUUCCUGAAGAAUUUAUGUAUAAUCCUGUGACAAGAGUUUAUGGAGAGCCUCAUAAAAGACCUGAAGUUCAAAAUGCCACCAUUGAGUUUAUGGCUCCUUCUGAAUACAUGCUACGCCCACCUCAGCCUCCUGUGUACCUCUUUGUAUUUGAUGUGUCUCAUAAUGCAAUAGAAACAGGAUACUUAGACACUGUCUGCAAGACUUUGUUGGACAAUCUAGAUCUACUCCCAGGGAAUACUAGAACAAAAAUAGGCUUCAUAACAUUUGACAGCACAAUCCAUUUCUAUAGCCUCCAGGAAGGUCUCUCACAGCCUCAAAUGUUAAUCAUUUCAGAUAUUGAAGAAGUGUUUAUACCCAUGCCAGAGAACUUAUUAGUAAAUUUAAACGAAAGCAAAGAGCUGAUUCAGGAUUUAUUGAGAACUUUGCCUCAGAUGUUUAUUAACUCUUUGGAAACCCAAAGUGCUUUGGGACCUGCACUACAGGCUGCCUUUAAACUUAUGUCACCUACUGGGGGUCGGAUUACCGUCUUCCAAACACAGCUUCCAUCUUUAGGAGCAGGUGCACUCAAACCUCGGGAAGAGCCUAACCAAAAAGCAUCUGCAAAGGAUAUACAUCUGACACCAUCUACUGAUUUCUACAAAAAAUUGGCCUUGGAUUGCUCAGGACAGCAGGUUGCAGUUGACUUGUUCCUUCUUAGUGGGCAGUACUCUGACCUGGCUUCAUUAGGAUGUAUAUCAAGGUAUUCUGCUGGUAGUGUCUAUUAUUAUCAAGCUUACCAUCAUCAACACAAUUCUCUUCUGGUGGAGAAAUUACAGAAAGAACUGAAACGAUACUUAACUAGAAAGAUUGGCUUUGAGGCUGUCAUGCGGAUAAGAUGUACCAAAGGCCUUUCAAUUCAUACCUUCCAUGGCAACUUCUUUGUACGGUCAACAGAUCUGUUGUCUCUACCUAAUGUGAACCCUGAUGCAGGAUAUGCUGUACAAAUGUCAGUGGAGGAGAAUUUGACAGAUAUGCAGGUGGUCUGUUUUCAGUCAGCCCUCCUGUAUACAUCUAGUAAAGGUGAAAGAAGAAUUCGUGUCCACACACUGUGUUUACCGGUUGUAAGCCAGUUGAGUGAUGUUUAUUUAGGAGCUGAUGUACAAGCUAUUACAGGCCUUUUAGCCAAUAUGGCUGUUGACCGGUCAGUUUCUGCUAGUUUGAGCGAUGCCCGAGAUGCAUUGGUGAAUGCUGUAAUAGAUUCCCUUUCUGCAUACCGCUCCUCUGUCCUAACCAUUCAGCAACCAGGUCUUACGGCUCCUGCAUCAUUGCGUCUGUUUCCAUUGUUCAUCCUGGCUCUCUUAAAACAGAAAGCAUUCCAAACUGGGACAAAUACCCGUUUAGAUGAACGCAUCUUUACAAUGUGUCAAGUGAAAAGCCAGCCAUUAGUGUACCUCAUGCUUAUUAUGCAUCCCAGUCUGUACAGAAUUGACAAUCUCACAGAUGAGGGGGCCCUCAACAUUGGUGACAGAACAAUACCUCAGCCACCCAUUCUUCAGCUGUCUGUCGAGAAGCUAAACCGGGAUGGGGCUUAUCUUAUGGAUGCUGGCUCUGUCAUGUUCUUAUGGGUUGGAAAGAAUUGUGGACAGAACUUUAUAAGCCAUGUCCUUGGAGCCCCAAACUAUGCAUCUGUACCACAUAAUAUGACACAUCUUCCAGAAUUGGACACAGCUGAAUCGUCUAGAGUGCUUGCUUUUAUUUUCUGGCUAAGGGAGCAAAGGCCUUUCUUUCCUAUAUUGUAUAUUCUAAAGGAUGAGAGUCCGUGGAAACCAAGUUUCCUACAAAACAUGAUAGAAGACAGAACAGAAUCUGCAUUAUCAUAUUAUGAAUUUCUUUUGCAUAUUCAGCAACAAGUGACUAAAUGAACUCCUCUCUUAAAUGGUUCAUCUGCUCAAAGGAAAUGUACCUCCGUGCAGAACUCUUGUUCCUGUAAUGCUCCUAUAAGUUGUUGGCUGGGUGCAGUUGAUGAAAAUCUCACUGUGAUUCCCCCUCUUCCCCCCCCCAAAAAGAAAAAGAAAAGCAAAUAAAGGACCACGGAAUCAUUAAGUACACUAUUGUGUAGUUGUACAUUAAAACUUUAAAAUAAAUUUGAACAUGUU